AUGGAUACAGAGAGCUACUCAAGGCAGUCGUCUACACUGUCGUCUUCUUCCUUUCUCUCUCCUCGCUACCUCUCGGGAUCCCAGCACGACGAGGACCUUCCCUUGCCGCCCCCCUCCACAUUUCGGGGCUCGUGGGCAGUCCACGGCGACCCGUUUGACCUUGUCGGCGGUCCGACUUCGCCGUCUCUCUUGAGUCCGAGGGUCGGGGUGCGCCCGGCGACGUUGGUGGGCGCCGCGAGUGCUUCCUCAGCGAGUGCGCAUGACAGUUCGAUCGCGUCAAAGCAUCGCGUGCGUAUUCUGUGCGUGUGCCUUGUGCUCAUGUGCUUCGCGUCUUCGCUGUACCGCUCCGUGGAGCCGCUUCAGGCUCUCAUGUCCAGCUCUCCUCGCUUCCUCGCAGAAGAGGGGCUGCAGCCCGAAGACGCACGGAUUGUGCUAACGAACGGCUUCGCACUGAGCUCGGGGCUCGGCUUGCUUGUCGGCCUCUUCCUCACCAGCGUCAUCGCGCCGCGCACGUCCCGCAAGAUUCUGGGCCUGCUGUGCGUCGCGUCGGCCGGUGCGGGGCUGCUUCUCGCGGGCUUCGCCGAGACGACGGCCGCGCUGAUAGCCUCUGUUAUGCUUAUGGGCCUUACCUGUGCCAUGACAAACGCGCUGCUGCCUGUGGUGACGCUGUUUCGAGAAAAGGCUUCAGCUGUCUACACGCUCGUGUGUGCCGCCGACUUUGCGAGCGUCAUUCCGCUCCAGAUCUUCCGAGCGGCCGUCGAGUUCUUCCAGUGGAAUCCUCGAACAGCGCUAUCCGUCUACGUGUGGUGUGUGUACCCCGCUCUCUUUGUGCUGGUUUUCUUCCUGCCUGAGUACCCCUUCUCUUUCCCGGAGGAGGCGCCUAUCGGUCUGUCUGGCGAAGAUGAGCAGCGGCUUCUCUCCGACGAAGAAAAGGCCGAGAACGGAGAGGCCAGGACUGAGCGGCGGGGCGCCAGCGGAAUGCGAGGAGGCGGGAGUCUGGCCUCGGCUCCGCGUCGGGCGCCCGCUGCUCUGCCAGACUUGUACGACGCGUUCCCGCCGCCUCUGUGGCGUCUCUCUUUGCGGCAACAGUUGUGCUCGCUGCACCUGUACGGGCUCUCUCUCUGGUGGAUGGCGACGGCCAUCGGGUCUGAAACCGUGCGGCUGUAUUACCGCCGAGCCCUUCGCACGAGCUCGGACAGCGGUGCACACGCCGCCGAUACUGUGGAACACGUCGCGAGCUGGGCUGCGUGCUUCAGCUUUUUGGUUCUUCCCGCAGUCUACUGGCUGCUCCACGUGACCUGGGCACAGACCGACAGACAAAGGCUUCAGGAGAUUCGCCGGCUCGAAGAGGCGUUCGACGCCGACUACGAAGGCAAAGACGCCGUCACCGGGCUUGGGCAGGUCUGGAGGCCCGGGCAGAUCGGUGGCGAUUCUGGAGAAUGGUCUGGCGUCAUCAGAUCAGCGGCAUGGUCGUUGCGGAAAUACCUCGUUCUGCCCCGAGUCACGCCGCGUGUGCUGGGCUUCGUGUGUAGCGCGCUGCUUGCCGUCAUUGCGUUGCUGCUCCGCCCAGGCGCCCUCGCCCCCUGUGCAGUGGCGGUUGUCCUGAGCUGUGUUCUCCAAGCGCUGGCGCCAAUCACAAUGUUCCUCAUCCUCUCAAACACCUACGGCCCCCGGUUUUUUCCAACGCUGCUGAGUCUCCAAGUUGUGCUACUCGCCUCCGUUGGACUGCUCGCGCCGCUUUUCCAGAAUUUCCUCUUCACUGCCUUGCGUCGUCACAGCGGAGCUCUGACUGCUUCGCUUCUUUUCUGCGCCUUUGUGGGCGGCGUACCUCUUUUGUGUUUCCACUGCACGCCGUGCGACGAGUUUGACGCCAAGCGCGUUCACGUGUGUGCCUUGGGGCUGCCGCUCGCCCUCGAGAAGCACUCCAUGGCCGCGAUCUUCCACGAGGCUGGGGCGGACUCGGAAUUUAUGGAAAGCACGGGAAGUCGUGAGCAGGCCACCGCGAGCCACGCACGAUAG